CAUCGCCACCACACCGACAACAAGGCAGGAGAAGCUUGUGUCGGCUCACCAAAGGUUCCAGAGGGCGGAAACAGGGCCUGUGCUGGCGCCGCUGCUCCGGGGAACGAAGUGUUUAGGCGAAAGAGAGGCUCCACUUUUCAUCCCUGUGUACACUUGUUGUAACCGGAAGCAAAGAGCGAUGACUUCUCUAUUGAAGAAAGCUGGCCUGGUGUUCGACGAGAACAAGGUGAAGCCGUUCCUGAAGAUGAGCAUCACGAGGCUGAACCUACUCGUCAACAAGAAAGCCAACCACAUCAAGAUCAGCAAGAAGGAGAUCGCUAGGCUGCUCGCCGACGGAAAAGAGGAGAAGGCGCGCAUCAAAGUGGAACAGGUCAUUCGAGAGGAUUUCACGAUAGAAGCAUACGACAUCUUGGAGCUGCAUUGCGAACUGGUCGCGGAGCGCAUGCGUCUGGUGGCGUCUCAAAAAGACGUCCCCCCGGACAUGGAGCAGGCGGUGUGCACCAUAAUCUGGGCGGCAGACCGAGCAGAGGUUUCGGAGCUGUCGACGGUGAAGGCUCAAUUCGUCAAGAAGUACGGCAGCGAGUACGUGAGGUUGGCUGAGCUGAACGAGGGCGGCUGCGUCAAUCCGAAGGUGGUAGAGAAGCUCGACUGCCAGCCUCCCUCGGGCUUCGUCGUCACGGAGUACCUCCUGGGAAUCGCGGAGGAAUACGACGUAGAGUACACGCCCGCUUCCCCGAUCCGCCGGAAAAGCUCGGCCGACCGUGAAGCUGCCGCAGCUGCAGCGGCCGCCUCAGGCCCACAGCCCGCGUACCAGGUACCAAGCAGUCGAAGGCCAAGCUCUGGGGGCGGUGGCGGGGGCGGCGGCGGCAGCACGGGAGGAGGCGGGAUAUCGUCCCCUCCCCCAGUAACCGCCUGGGCGCUUCCGCCUUCGGACGGGAUUCCGCUCGCCACGGCUACGCUGUCGCCGCAAAACUCGUUCGGUGGCGGGGGGGCCGCGGCGGGCGGCGGUGGCAGUGCGGGUUGGGACCCGUCGGGAGCACCAACGCCGGCGGACAGGUAUGUGCCGGGUGAGAACGAGAAGGGACACUACCGGGAUACGAGCGGCGGCAACAACCCCUACCGACGUGGCAGCGGGGGGUUCGCGGAAGCGACAAGCGGUUGGGGGCCUUCGGACGCAGGGCUCGACGCAGGCCCAGGCGCGAACGGGGAGGACGCCCCGCCUCCGUACUCGCCUCCGCGAAAAGCCACCUACGACCACAACGACAUCCCCUCACCUCCGAAGGCGAGACCCAUGCCUUACGACAUUCCUGCGGCACCGGGGUACGAAGACAAGCCAACGAAGCCCGACGUGGGGGACGACAGCAGCAGUGGUCCCGCCGCACCCUCCGGAGGCGGCGGCAGUGAACUCGACGACCUUGCGGCAAGGUUUAUGAACCUCCGCAAGUAACGUUCGCCAACAAACAAUCGGCGGGGUCGAAGGCUGUUGUUCUUCUCUGCAUUGACAGUGCCUCCUAAACGAUAGAGCCGAACGGUCGGGGAUAAGCCAGUGUAGAAGACGCACUCAGACGGAUGAUCGAUGGGUGCAUUCGUUUUGGGGAUUGGGGCUCCACCCGCGACAGCGUUUUGCUUCCAAACCCAUGUGAAUGGCACAUGUGUCCUGGGUAUGUGUGCAGGGUCGAAUGGCAGACGAUUGGCUUGGACUUGAAGCAAAGAAGCUGGCGAGCGGGGCUGGUGUGUUUUUGUGUGUUCAGCAUGUUUAAAGCGGCACAUGUGCCGACCAGGUUUGUGCCACUACAUUUUUGGUUUGGCAGUCGGAUGUCUCGCAAAGGCGGCAGAUGUUGCCUGUCGGGCAUAGAGCGGCCGUAUGUUGUUCGAACUGUUGUUGAUCGGGAUUGCCUUCCUUCCAUCACCCCAUGGUGCCCAACCGGAUCGUGUUGUAAAGCACAUUUUGCGGCCAGGUGUAGCCUAGUCUAGAGCUUGUUCCUUGUUGCCCGCUGUCCGCGCUGGCCGAUUCCCGUGAACACGCUGCCGUGCUGGCCCUGUAACCUGAACAUGACCGCUUCAUAUCGGAUUUUUCUCUUGCCUUGGACUUACUUGGUGAGGGAAAGGGAAAGACAAGGAUCGUCGAGGUGCUGGCGAGUAUGGAUAGGAGGCCGGCGGCAUAUCAUGGACAAGAUUGCCCAUGUCGAGGGCGUCGCCCGGCUUUGUAUGCUCAAUGCUAUUUCUACUGUGUAUCGGUGCUGUGCGUUGCCUGGGUGAUUCCAGGUCGGGGUUGCCCCUGAUUAUGCUACCACUUGCCGUCGAAUAACGUCUUGUUUCGGGCAACCCUUCCGCCUUAUUCCCUCUAUUAGGAAACAAGAGUUUAGAAUAAAAGAGCUUCUCGUGCAGAAUAUAGUCCAAAUUCCGGCAAGUACUUCCUGCAUGUGAAAUACGGAAUACAACAAAAGG